ACCCUGCCCUCCACGCGACCCGUUCCUUGAUCGCCGUCCUCACGGCACGGCUGCGCGUCUCGAACGCGACCGGGCGUCUUCCCUUGCGCCGCAAAACCUGAAGACUCAGCUCUUCCCAAAACUACCUUCGUUGACUCUUUUUUUCGGAACUAGUGAGUUGUGUAUCGCCUGUUACUCUCUCCCUGAAACUUCUAGCCUGUACCGUGCUCGAUUUACGUCGCUUGUGCUACGUGUGUUGCCGCGGCGUGAUUUCUCGUUGUCCCGCGACUGCGGCGGACGCUACGCCUGGAACAGUGUCCGCAGUGGGAGCUAUGCGCAGCGCCUAGCAGCGCGGCAACCGACACUGCAUAGCCGUACCUGCCACGAGCAACGCGACAGCUGCCGGUCGCCGCGAUGAGGAAGGACAUGAAGAAGUCCUCCUACUACGUGUGGUUCCUGGGCGCGCAGGAGGCCAAGGGCCUGCGAGGCCCGGAGUACAUCCUGCCCGCGCUCAGCACUCUCAUCGCCCGCGAGAGGGAAGUGGAGCCCUUCAAGGUGACGCUGCAAGUGAGCCACAAGGGGCUGAAGAUCAUCCAGAACGUGCCGAAGGCGUCGGGCGGCAAGUCGGGGGCGGGCGGCGGGGGCGGCGCCGUCAAGUGGGAGACGGUGAAGCACCUGGUGCCGGCCGAGGCGGUGACGUGCGCGCUGCAGCAGGCCGACGUGGUGGCGGCCAUCCUGCUGCUGGUGAACCCGGCGACGCGCUGCCCGGUGCACGUGCACGCCUACCGCUGCGACAGCGUCGAGACGGCGAGCCUGCUGCGCGCGCAGCUGGCCGCGCUCGCGGAGCGGCCCGACACGCUGCGCCGCAUCGCCGAGCUGGAGGCGCGCCUGCGCUCGCAGGGCCUGCUGCCGCCCCCGCCGCCCGCCGGCCGGUCGCCGCCGCUGGGGCGGCCGCCGCGCGCCAGGAGGCCGCUCAGCGCCGGCGGCGGAUCCGACGGUCGCAGCAGCAGCACUCGCGAAUCGGACAGCUCCGGGUCGUCGGGCCAGGGCCAGGACCGCAUAGCGUCGCUGUACGACUCGCUGGCGGCGGAGCUGCGCGCCAAGCUGGGCUCCGGGGGUGGCGCCGGCGGCGGCGUCGGGGGCGGCGGCGCUCCCCGCGCCCCGCUGCUGCUGCCGCCGCGAGACUACGACACGGUACACCGCGCGCGCGGCAACAUGGCCGCCGUCGACCUGCGCCGCUCCGCCGCCGCCUCCGCCGCGACGCCGGGCAAGGACGCCACGGCCACGGGGGCGGCGUCGACCGAUGCCGGGGGCGGCUCCUCGGGCCCCAGCAGCGGCAUCGGCUCCGACCACGCGCCCUCACCGGACCGGCAGUCCGAUCCCCGAUUCCUGGACAACGGCGACAGCUCCGGUAAGUUGCUGACAUCUUUGGGUCCUUACGGUCUACAUUUCUGUAAGUCUUAAUCAACAUUACUAUUUAUUUUGCUGAAAUAUUGUUCUUUGGGUUUGUUUCUAUGUAGCUG